AGGGACAUAAGGACAGCUCCGUCGCCGGCCUCAGGCGGCGUUCCCAACCCGACCUCCGAAUAUAUACAGCAAGCCUCCCUGUCGCCCACGCAGCUACCAGAGGCGCGCAGGAUCUUGGUCGUCAUUGAUUUGAACGGCACACUACUGUAUCGCCCCAACCUGAAAACCCCAUCCAAAUUUACCGAAAGACCCCACGCGCGCACAUUCCUGGACUAUUGCAUACGGACAUUCAAGGUCGCGAUUUGGUCGUCCGCUCGUCCGCCCAAUGUCCAUAAGAUGUUGCUGCAAUUGCUCACGCCCGAACAGCGAGAGCAGGUGGUGGCCGUAUGGGCGCGAGAUACCCUCGGCUUGACUCCAGCCGAUUACAGUGCGCGCGUGCAGGUCUACAAGCGCCUGGAGAAGCUCUGGCAGGAUCCAGCCAUCAGUGCAAGCCACCCCGAGGCUGCUUUAGGAAGGAAAUGGGAUCAGACGAAUACAGUUCUCGUGGACGACUCAGUUGAGAAAGCACGAAGUCAGCCAUUCAACCUCAUUGGACUUCCGGAGUUUAAGGGUAACGAGGCUGAGUACGGUCAUGUGUUGCCUCAGGUUCACGACUUCUUGAACGAAUGCACUAAGCAGAGGGAUGUAAGCUGUUACAUACGGUCGAAUCCGUUUGUGCUCCGGGAAGGAUUUUCGCUGGAGCCGCCGCCG